AUGGCGCUCUGGACAGCUGAGCCAACUGUCAGUCUGACAGGGCCUAGUGUCGCCGCCAUGAAGAAGGUGGUUCAGCAGCUCUGGCUGGAGGCCGGGCUCAACUGUGUGGUUUCCCAGGCAGCUGCAGACUUGAAACAGUUCUGUCUUCAGAAGGCUCAGCAUGACCCUCUGCAGACUGGAGUGUCUUCAAGUACAAAUCCCUUCAGACCCCAGAAAGUCUGCUCCUUUCUGUAGUCAUACAUCUUGAGGUUUCUCAA